UGAUGGCUGAUAAUGUUAUUCUAUAGGAUAAGUUAAGAGCAGUUGAGAUUUUUCUAAUCUAACCUAAUUUGUGAAGAAAUGCUCCCGAGUCAUAUGUUACGUCAUAUGAAUGAUAUGUUUACGACCGACACACCACUAAUCUGUUGCCGCCAUAAGAGAAUAAAAACUGGUGUGGGACAGGAAGGGAGACGGUUCAGGUUGUUGGGGGUUGAAAGGCAAUGUUGGAUGUAUUUCCUUUCCCAGAGAAAAUAGUAUGUGUUCAAAUGCAAUUUAGUGUUUGUGGGUUUUUUUUUUUAAAUUAAGAAAUAGAAAGGUUUUGAGUGAUGAAUAAUUCUUCUGUAAUUACUACGUUCACUCUUUCAGGGUUACAUGGGAUAGCAAACUACAGAGUUACUCUCUUUGUUCUCACGUUACUGUGUUACUGUGUCAUUUGGCUGGUAAAUGUGACAAUUAUUGUGACGAUCGUUCUGGAUAAAACUAUCCAUGAACCCAUGUACAUCUUCCUCUGUAAUCUGUGCAUUAAUGGACUUUAUGGGACAACAGGCUUUUACCCCAAAUUCCUCAUUGAUCUACUGUCUACCACUCAUGUUAUCUCUUUUGCUGGAUGUCUUCUGCAGGGUUUUGUGUUGCAUUCAUCACUUUGUGCUGACGUCUCUAUACUGGUGUUAAUGGCCUAUGACAGAUAUGUGGCUAUAUGUCAACCUCUGGUAUACCACUCUGUGAUGACAACACAAAGAGUAUGUGUGUGUUUAUUUUUUGCUUGGGUCAUACCCCAUUAUUUGGUGUUCGUGGGUUCAAUAACAACAGCAAGAUUGAGGUUAUGCGGCUCACAUAUACCAAAACUCUACUGUGUUAAUUUUUGGGUUGGUAAAUUGGCUUGUACUCCCUCUAUAGCAAGUGUUAUUGUUCCAGCUUUUAAUUACACUUUUUAUUUUUUCCAUAUUGUGUUUAUUGUUUGGUCUUAUGUAUGUCUGAUCAAAACAUGUAUGACAUCCAAAGAGAACUGGAGUAAAUUCAUGCAAACAUGUCUGCCACAUUUGAUCUGUCUAAUUAUUUUCUUUAUAUCUUUGGGUUUUGAUUUGAUGUACAUGCGAUUUGGCUCCGAAGUAUCACAACAUGUUCAGAAUUUUAUGGCGAUAGAAUUUCUCCUUGUUCCUCCAGCAAUCAAUCCUCUUAUAUAUGGUUUCAAACUGACACAAAUAAGAAAAAGAGUUAUACAGUGUUUGUGUGGUAAACAUCUAGGCCAGGGUCAUAAGUUCUGUGUUAAAGGUUGAUGUUGUAC